AUGGGUGUAGACAAAGAGGUCUCCAACUGCCCACAUUGUGAGGAGAUUUUCCCAAUUCUAUCAAAGCUAAAAAUACACCUAAAAAUACACACAGGAGAGAAGCCUUACUCCUGCUCUGACUGUGGGGGGAGAUUCUCCCGAUUGGAUACCUUAAAAUGUCACCAACGAAUACAUACAGGAGAGAAGCCUUACUCCUGCUUUGACUGUGGUAAAUGCUUUAAAACAUCAACUGAGCUAAAAUCUCAUCAGCGAAGACACACAGGAGAGAAGCCUUACUCCUGCUCUGACUGUGGGGAGAGUUUCUCCAGAUUGGAUACCUUAAAAUGUCACCAACAAAUGCAUACAGGAGUGAAGCCCUACUCUUGCUCUGAAUGUGGAAAGAGUUUCUCUCAACAGGGCAACUUAAAAACACACCAACGUAUACAUAAAGGAGAGAAGCCUUACUCCUGCUUUGACUGUGGGAAAGGCUUUAAAACAUCAACUGAGCUAAAAUCUCAUCAGAGAACUCACACAGGAGAGAAGCCUCACUACUGCUCUGACUGUGGGGCGAGUUUCUCUCAAUUGAGCAAUUUAAGAAGACACCAACGUAUACAUAAAGGAGAGAAGCCUUACUACUGCUCUGACUGUGGGACAAGUUUCUCUCAAUUGAGCAACUUAAAAACACACCAACGUAUACAUAAAGGAGAGAAGUUCUCUCAGACCAGCUAAGAUUAAAGUCACUCCAUCACUUAAUUCUCAUUUGAUAAAAGAAGUGGUAAAAGUGAAUUGGAUCAAAUUAAGAAAGCGUAGAACACUAUUUUAAUCCAGUUGUUUCUCACUGGGAGAACCGUGCAGAGGAAAGGGAGCGUUAUAGAAUGUUAGCCUCUCUUUACUUUACUGAUCAGUGUGCACCUGGUCAGUUUUGGUGUGUUUUGUUAGAUUCUACUGUAAACAUAUUGAGAUUACCUGGAUUUUCCCUUAGCGUUGAAAACCCUCUGAGGGAUCACUUGUUAAAACAAUGGAGUGUGAUGGUUGACUGGGUGGUACGGCUUCCCUCUGCAGUUUUCUGUGGGAAUGAGCUGGUAAUCACAACAUGUAUCAGAUAGAGAUGGUGUGAUGAUCAGUUUUCACCACUAGUUUGGGUAUAUUAUUUUUGCUUUUAAUCAACUUUGUUUGUUUGAAACAUCUACACUGGAAACAAUAUAUAUAAAUGCAACAUGUGAAGUGUUGGUCGCAUGUUUCAAGACCAGAAAUGUUCCAUCUGCACAGAAAGUGUAUUUCUCUCAAAUGCUGUGCUCAAA